CGGAGCACAGCGGAGCGGCUGGGAAUAAGCCGUGGGGAAGGAGAAGGAGGCGCCUCCACCUGGAGGGGGGAAGGCACCAUGGACGACCAGGGCUGCCCCCGCUGCAAAACCACCAAGUACAGGAAUCCCUCCCUCAAACUGAUGGUCAACGUCUGCGGGCAUACGCUAUGCGAGAGCUGCGUGGAGCUGCUGUUUGUCCGGGGAGCUGGGAACUGCCAGGAGUGUGGCACCCCGUUGCGGAAGAGCAACUUCAGGGUGCAGCUCUUUGAGGAUCCGGCUGUUGAUAAGGAGGUGGAAAUCCGGAAGAAGGUGCUGAAAAUAUACAAUAAAAGAGAAGAUGACUUUCACAGUCUAAGGGAAUAUAAUGAUUUCCUGGAAGAAGUUGAAGAAAUUGUGUUCAACCUGACCAACAAUAUUGAUCUUGAGAAUACGAAAAGGAAAAUGGAGAUGUACCAGAAGGAGAACAAAGAAGUCAUUCAGAAAAAUAAGAUCAAACUGUCCAGAGAGCAAGAGGAACUGGAAGAGGCUCUGGAAGCGGAGCGGCAGGAGAAUGAGCAGCGGCGGCUUCUCGUACAAAAGGAAGAACAAAUGCAGCAGAUGCUAAAAAGGAAGAACAAGCAGGAACUUCUGGACAAACUGGAAAGUUCCCAUCUACCUGCCUCUUUACUGCUAGCCCAGCAUAAAGACCGGUCUACGCAACUAGAAAUGCAGCUGGAGAUUCCUAAACUGGUCAAGCCAGUUGCGUUUUCGACGGGCAUCAAAAUGGGUCAGCAAAUUGCAUUAGCGCCUGUUCCUAAGAUCAAAGAGGUACUCUAUGAAUAUCAGCCAUUGCACGUAGAGACGUAUGGGCCCCUCGUCCCAGAGGUUGAAUUGCUGGGAAAACGUGGGUAUCUAAACCACGUCCGAGCGGCCUCCCUGCAGGAUCUCGCUGGUGGCUACACUUCCUCCCUCGCCUGUCAUCGAGCCCUUCAAGAUGCCUUCAGUGGGCUAUUUUGGCAUCCCGGCUAGCCUGGGAGAAACCAGCCCUGGUGUGGCGCGAGUUGAGAGAAACCUUGGGUGAAAAUGGCUGCCGUCUGCACUACGGUGAAGCUGCUGUCGUGUUCCUUUUUUUUAUUGUGAAGCCAGCUGUGUUGAAGUAUUAAAACUCUGUGCAAAGGAACUCCCUCUUUAAAAACACAAGUCACUUUUUUAGGGCAGUGGAGGAGAGGGGGGAUCGCGUUAGCCAGUUUGCUGAAAGAAGCUAAUGGAAGAUGUGAAUAAUUCAAUUUUGCGUGUUUGAGGUUUCAGGAACAGACUUGUAAAAGUUUUAAAAUAAAGGCCUUUGAAAAAAAUCGUUAUUAAAUUCUGCGGUUUCUACUCCAGCUUCGGGGUCCUAUUGGCACAAGCACCAAAAUGCUGUUAUGAUUGAACUCUUUUAUUGUUACUCUGCAGUAAACAGGGUCUCUUUUCCCAAAACCAUCUUCUCCUAAUCCCAACAAUGUUUGGCUUCCUUUAGGCAGGAGACAAAAAAGGCCCAGAGGUGUGCCAACCUCUCUGUUCAUCUUCCCUGUUCCAAAGAAAGAAAAUUAGGAUUCUGCUGGAAAACAACUCCGUUGAUGUGUGGUAACCAGUUAUAGGCCAGGAUCCCAACCAGUCGAAUGCACAGUGGUGACGGAGAUUGGGUAAAUAGGAGGGGACUGCUUAAACCCUCGUGGCUUCUCCCAUUCAAAUGCCCCAGGCUGAAGAAGUCCCUCUCUCUAGCUCAGUUUUGACACCAAAAUAAUAAUUCUCAAGGGGUAGCUUGCAGUAAAAAUAAUUAAGAGAUUUCUCCUUCUUAGGGAAUAGUUUCAGGUGGGUAACUGCGUUGAUCUGCAGUAGAAAAGCAAGAUUUGAAGCCAGUGGCACCUUAGAGACCAACAAGAUUUCCAGGGUAUAAGCUGUUGAGAGUCAAAGCUUGGAAGCUUAUGCCCCCAAAAUCUUGUUGGGCUUUUAAGGUGCUAGUGGACUUGAACCUUGUUCUUCCCAGAGAAUGUGAUGUAACCUCACACCAGCAAAUUACAAGUUAAGCGUAAGAUCAGGUUGGAACUUCAUGGUCUGGAAAAUCUCCUUCCAGCCCAUCUUUUAAAUUUUUUUAACAUCCAGCCAGAUGAAGAGUUUUGGUGAGCUUGCACAAUGUUUUGUG